AUGAGCCACAGAGCGAAGGGUCCGCAAUCUCAAUCUACUCCAUCGUCAUCGUCUUCUGCUUCUCCGGACAUUGGAUCUGAGAUUGCCACAGUUGAAUCGAUAUUCAAUGGCGAUCCCGUCUACGACACCUUUCCUCCUUCGACCUGGUUCUGGCUAACCGGUUCAACCGUGAUGAGUUAUCAUGGACAAUUGUAUGCUCAAACUCCCUCGCUUCUUCCUUCAAGCUUGUUUUCUGACCACCACCAUCACCCAGUCGAUAGACUAUCUGCACUGUGCUACUUUAAACCUAUCGAACAACAAAUCGUCAGAUAUCGUGAAAUCAUGGUUGUCAGGUUGCAAUCAUCGAGCAUCUUCCGACGCAUCAAGCUUAUUUCGUUCAAGGUCCACGAAGCGAUCGCAAACGGACAAGACUGGAGGUAUCAAGCCAUUUUCACUCAGUGGUUGGACCAAUUUGAAAAAGAGCCUUUGAGAACAGCUAUCGGUUUCUCCCGUUUCGUGGCACCCACAUUCCUCCAAACCGUCUACUCUGAUCCCACUCUUUGGAACCCAGACUCCCACCUCAGUACAUCCGUGUCCAUAGCCCACGCCCUCUCCUCGAUUCGUUGUGAAAUCGCCAACUUUGUCAUCAUGGACACGUUCUAUUCCAUGGCAUACAGCCUCCCACAGCUCGUCGAAUACGACACAUCCAUUUCUCUCCAGAAUGAACUCGAAAGUUCUCAUGGAUCCACGGCUGCCCGACCCGAAUUCCAAGUCAUGCUGGCAGAGAUCAACCAGUGUCGAGAGGGCCAGCCAACGAGCACAGGGCGCGGCUGGAAAGAGAUCGAAGCGGACUUGUUGAUGUGGCAGGCCAAGCCGAUCCCGCAAGAGGCCGAGUGGGAGAGCUGGAUGGUUGUCGCUUGGUUGGCUGUUCAGGGGAGCUGGAGGCAUGCGUUGUUGGCGUAUUUGUAUAUGGCAUUGUGUGGAGCGGCGUCGGAUGAUCCGCGCGUGCAGCAUUCGGUCAAACAACUUUUAAAGGUCGCCAGGGUUGUCAAGAAACCGUCUCGACCGGUAGCGAGCGCACACUUUUUUGCUCAAUAUUUCAUCGCCGGUGUAUGCGCGCGAACAGAAUCCCAACGCACGUUUUUAUCAGAGAAAAACUAG